AUGAUUGACAAUAACGUUCUUAUAGCUAUAAUUGUAGUCUUGGGUAUCAAUUAUCUAUAUAGUUGGUAUAUUGAUUCCACGAAGGAUGUCAGUGAUGUAUAUUUAAAUGAACAAUCUAUCAUAGAUGCUACUAGGAAAUCAGACGAAUCGGCCAUUUACAAGUCAAAUAAAUUGGAUUAUUCACACGGUUUGAGAAUUGGAUUAGACAUAAGAUAUAAUCAUUAUAAGCUAAGAAAUGGAAACUUAUGUGAUGUGUGGGAGGUCUUAAUGAACGCUACUUCAAGAGAUCCUACUAAAGAGAUUGUAAUACAUGAUGAAGCAAUAAAAAUAGCAGAAUUAAACUACAUGGUUGACAAAAUUGGACAUUAUUUGAAGGAUAAAGAAGCCAAGAGGAUUGCAAUCAAUUAUAGGAACUCUUUAGUUUGUGUCGAAGUGUUUUGUAUCCUUAUUGCAUGUUUUGUCAAUCGUAUUACGGUCAAUUUCUAUGAUGACAUUGACACUGUUGAAAACAUUGAUUACUAUGUAAUCGAUAAACAAGAGUUGGAAUUAGUUAAGGAUAAAAGGUAUAUUUUAUUCAAUUCCAGAAGUGAAAACUCUGUAUAUGGUAUCUUAGAAGGAAAACGUGGAGAAUUGUUGAAAUUUCAAAACGAAUAUCAUCCCGAUAAAGAUAAGGGUACAGUAAUUCAGUUCACUCGUAAGGUAAAUCAUAGAGUAUUAUCAAAUGUUAGGUUUGCUCAGAUUAAUUUGAUUAGUGGUAUUGCAUCUACAAUCAAGCAUAUUCCUUUAUCACGUAUGUGGAGUGAUAAAGAUACUUUACUCGUGGUGCAAUCAAAAGUUAAAACUAAUGAAAGUAUCCUCAAUGAGAUAUGUAAAAUAAUGGCUUGCUUUGUUACCAACACAAAGGUUAAAAUUAUUAAUCCUGCUGACUUCUCUGUUAUCAAGUCUCAUAAUCCAACAAUAUUGUCAAUUAAUGAAUCAGAUUUUAUUGAAAAUGUAAAGCUUGAUGAAAUCAAACCUCUGAAAAAUAUUAUCAAGAAGCUCCAGUUCAAUCAAUCUAUGAAGUUCCUAUCAAAAGGAAAGUUUACCACUACUUACAAAGAUGUGUUAAGGUUGAUUUAUAUUCAAACGAGUAUAACACAGAAAAGCAAAUUGAACACUUUGCAAUUAAACGAAUUCAGAUCGUUGUUGGGCUCGCGGAUCAUUAUGGAGUAUGGAUAUCCAAAUGUUGUUGGACCUAUAAUUCAAACUGAUUUCUAUGAUUACAGAAUUAUUGCAUUAAAUAAAGACGUAAAUGGAUUCGGAUGUCUUUCACAAUCAAUAGAAGCUAAGUUAGUCAAUUUACAGAAUAACUACGGUUCUAUAGUAAUAAGAGGCUAUAAUAUUGGUAAGGCAUUAAAUACGAUGAAUGAUUCAAGCAGACCUUUAGCUGAUAAUGAAGGAUUUAUGCCAAUAUAUAAUGUACGGGGUAAGUGGGGGAAUGAUGGAUGUUUGUAUAUAUAUAACACUUAA